CCUGUACUUUUGCUCUUUCCAUCGUGAGGACGUGACGUUCCCGCCCGAAAGCCAUUUGAAGCAAAACGGCCAAGUCCACCGGCGUAAUUUUCCAAGCCGACCAGCCGCUCGUUGGAUAUUUUUGCAGCUGGUGCCGACGGGACCCCCUCCGCCACCACGAAGGUCUUCCUUUAACCGCAGGGGUCGGCAACCUAUGGCUCGCGAGCCAUAUCUGGCUCUUUUGACGUUUCAUAGGGCUCGCAGAGCCCUCGCCGCUACAUACUGUCACGUAGGCAACGCAAAUGAGCAGAGACACUUUGUCCUAGUGGAGUUGCCGUAGUUCACCGGAGCAGUCGACGUGCGCAGGCGCAGAGCAGGUAGCGAAAACUGAAGCGUGCAAACGAUUGCUCCAAGGAAAGAAGGCAAAAUGGCGAGUUCUCUAGUUUUCGCCACGACUGGACGAGCCAUUGACAGAUGGAGAAGGAGGAGGACGAGGCCGAAGCAUUCGUGCCUGAUGCUGCCCAUGAACUUUUGGACAACUUUUCGCAUAAAGACAAGUUCAUCAAAGGAAUACGAGACACGCUAUUGUUGGCAAGAAGUGUUCACCAUCGUACCGGCACGGUGACGGCAAAUGACGUUGGAUGGAAGUCUAAGGACGUUUGAAAGAAAACACUAUGGAGCCAUCCGCAAAAGCACGAGUCGCAUUCAUGAAUGAGAGGAGGAUGCUAUUGAUGUGUCAGAGAUUGAAGCCGGCAUCAGGUCCGGGUGGACAUGGGCCUGGCUCAAGUUGAAACCCAAAACAAAAGCUCAGGCCUCCGACGGUGAUCGGCCAGUUCCACACCUUGUUCUUCGGCUCGGUGCGGAUGUUCUUCCUUGGAGUUCUGGGCUUUGCUGUGUACGGAAAUGAAGCGCUGCACUUCAGUUGCGACCCAGAUCGCAGAGAACUCAACCUGUACUGCUACAACCAGUUCAGACCCAUAACGCCUCAGGUGUUCUGGGCGUUGCAGCUGGUCACAGUGUUGGUUCCGGGGGCUGUGUUUCAUCUCUACGCUGCCUGCAAGAACAUCGACCAGGAGGAGAUCCUGGAGCGACCUAUCUACACCGUCUUCUAUAUCAUCUCCGUUCUCUUGCGCAUCAUUUUGGAAGUAAUCGCCUUCUGGCUGCAGAGUCAUCUCUUUGGUUUCCAGGUCCACCCGCUAUACAUGUGUGACGCCAGCGCGUUGGAGAAGACCUUCAAUGUGACCAAGUGCAUGGUGCCAGAACACUUUGAGAAGACCAUCUUCCUGAGCGCCAUGUACACCUUCACCGUCAUCACCAUCCUCCUCUGCAUCGCCGAGAUCUUUGAGAUCCUCUGCAGACGACUCGGCUAUCUCAACAACCAAUGACCCCUCCGGCGCACGGACACACACCGUCACCACUGCCGCAUCCCUACAGCUUUGUUUCUUGUCAACCUCUUGGUUAGCGACUGCCGGACUUGUGCGGAACAGGACGCUAACACAAGGGUGCCACGUGCAAGUGUGAAAUAGUCCAGCGUUCCCGGUGGGAGGUCAUCCCACAGGACUGCCGGAAGUACAGGAAGGACGUGUUGUCAGGGUGCAAGGACGUUGACGAUGAGCCGCCUGGUCAUCCGCGGGGAAGCGUCUUGGCUCCGGACUGCAGGUGCAUCCUUCCUCGCAACUUUGUGCGUGCGUGGCCGCCUCCGGCCCAUCGUGACCUUUCCCGCAUCGACUGGACUACCCUUGUAGAUAAGAAACGUGUCUCCAAAAAAAGGACUGUGAUGACUUUCAAGGAUUUCAAGUAGGAAGAAAAGGUCUCCUUACAUUCAGAUAGCUUGUCUUGAAGCAUUGUUUACUUUCAAGUCAGAAUGGAUUGGUCACAUUUGUUUGGAACGAUUCAAAAAGAGAAGCUCGUGUUGAAUAAUUGGCUCGUCGGAGGAGAUACGUCAAAGGUGGUCCGAGCUUAUGGAGAAAAAUCAACAAGUAGCUUUUAGUGAACAACAUCACAUGUUCCCAUUUUUAGACUUUUGGUCUCAUUUAGAAUGUCAUCAAAUUAUUGCCUUAUUGUCCAUGUUGACACUUCACAAAAUGCUGUUUUUAUUUUCUUAAUCAGACAUCCAUCCAACUUUUGUUGUGAAGGUUUCAUCUGUUCUUCAUCUCAGGUACAAUCUUGCAUGAGCAAACAAAAGGCGGAUCACUGUGAAUUCUCUGAAAGGGGAGUCCAAGGUACUGCUGUGUUUUCUCAUGCAUGUAAGUGGAUGCUUGUAGGAUUUACUUCCUGUUCAGCAAAACACGCUUAUUAGAGGACAUGUUGACACCUGUGGAACCGGGAAAUUGUUAACUCUAUGAAGCUCCAAACAGAAAUCAUUACGUGUUUCCAUUUGAAACAGUCCCAAUCCAGGAUGAGAUUUUGUGUCUGGAACAUUUUCAACAUCAUCAUGAGUAGCAGCUUCUGGUCACUUGUUCACAAAACCUUGACUGUAACCUCUCUGGUGCUAAGCUAUUAGCAAUUAUUUGUGGUCAUUUUGCACACAUUUGUGUUGCUGGCAGGUGGUAAACAACGUCAUCCUCAAUUUACUGAUGUCAUACCUCUAGGUCAUUGCUAGCAGCUCGUGAGCUGGCUGCCAAAAAGCUACAAAGAUCAUCACGCGGCACAAACAUGGCGACUACUACCUCAGCAACCGAGUCAACAUGGAGAUACCAUUAAUGUGCUAAUGUAGCCAGCAGCUAGCCCAGCACCUGCAACCUUUGACAUGCUAAAUUGGACAGCGGCUAGCCUAAUAGCGAAUUAGCUUCAAAAUGCUAAAGUAGCUAGCCCAGCAGCUUCAAUAUGUUAAUAAAUUAUUUCAGUUCAUUGUGACACAUUUAUAGACGUGUGGAAUGAGUGGCUGACUUCAUACAUUUCAAAUAAAUCUGCAUUUUUCAUAUUUUGGACUUCUUUUCAACAUCUACAUAUGUAAAAACUAAUUCAGUUUUGUUUUUUUUAACCGUUGAUGCUUGUUUGCGUUUUAAGUCCUUCAGUGUGUGCAAAGUAAAUGUUGUUUGUCGAGAAAAAGAGGCAAAUAUUCCAAGAACACACUUAAAUAAAAAGUAUGUUUCACUUCA